AUCCGUGGCGACAACCCACUGAAGCUCUUCGAGAAACCCGUUCGCGACCGCAUCGUCGACUCGUACUACUGGAAGGAGCAAUGCUUCGGCCUCAACGCCGCCACUCUACUCGAUCGCGCCGUCGAGCUCACCUUCAUAGGAGGUACAUACGGCAUCGCGCAGAAACCCACACCGUUCCUCUGCUUGGCCUUCAAGCUGCUUCAGAUCACUCCCGACCGCGAAAUCAUUCUGUUCUACCUCGAGCACGCGGGCGAGGAGUUCAAGUACUUGCGCGCUCUGGCCGCGUUCUACAUUCGACUGGCGUGGGAGAAAGACGAAGAGGUCUACACAACGUUGGAGCCUUACUUGGCCGACUUCAGGAAGCUGAAGAGGAGGACCAGAGAAUCCUGGACUCUCACACACAUGGACGAGUUCAUCGACGACUUGCUGGUGAAGAGUAGAGUGUGUGCGACUACGUUGCCAAAGAUCAAUCCCAGGACAUAUUUGGAAGACGAGGGCAGGCUUGAGGAGCGGAUCAGUCCUCUGGGCGAAGAACUCGAG